AUGGCUUCCGAGGAGGCUACAUGGGGCGAGGAGGGCUAUGAUGGCGCGGGUGAUCCUCAGAUCGAGCAUAGCGAAGAACAAGUUGAAGACCUUGCGCAAGACUCCCACGUGCCAGAUGAUGCGGCCGAAGACGGGCAAGACGAGGACGAGGACGCGGAGGACGGCGGGGACUACGAUCCCGAGUCGGUUGCCUUUGAUACGGCCGCCGAGCCGGACAAGGCCGCGUCUGCGACACCGUCACAACGCCCGGCGGCGUCCAAACCCAAGAUGGCCGGCGGCUUCCUGGUCGAGGUCUCCGACGACGAAGACGACGACGACAAUAGCGCUCAGCCCGGCGGAUCGACACCCGCCCAGGGCGAUGCGGGAAAUGCUGCGGCUAAGAAUGGCGCAUCUCCGGCACCUGCCAACGCCGGUCUGCCCCAUCCGCCCGGCAUGGCCGGCCUCGACCCCAGUGCGCUUCUCGAAGCCCGCAUCAAAGAGGACCCGCGCGGAGACAUGGAUGCGUGGUUGAACCUCAUCGCUGACAACAAGCGGAGAGGCAGGCUGGAUGACCUUCGCGGCACAUAUGGCCGCUUCCUGGACGUGUUUCCCCAGGCGGCUGACAUCUGGGUGGAGUGGAUCGAGAUGGAGCUGGGCCACGACAAUUUCAUGGAGGCGGAGCGCCUGUUCGGAAAGAGCCUCAUGACGGUGCUCAACGUCAAGCUGUGGACGCUGUACCUCAACUACAUCCGGCGCCGUAAUGACCUCACCAACGACCCGACCGGCCAGGCCCGCCGCACCGUCGCGCAGUCGUACGACUUUGUCAUUGACAACAUUGGGUGCGACCGCGAUUCCGGCAACAUUUGGCAGGACUAUGUCAACUUUGUCAAGAGCGGUCCCGGCCAAGUCGGCGGCACUGGGUGGCAGGACCAGCAAAAGAUGGACCAGCUUCGAAAGGCCUACCAGCGCGCCAUCAACGUGCCUAUGUUGACGGUCAACAACUUGUGGAAGGAAUACGACCAGUUUGAGAUGGGCCUCAACAAAGUGACGGGCCGGAAGUUCAUCCAGGAGCGUUCGCCGGGAUACAUGUCUGCCAAGAGCGCCAACAUUGCGCUCGACAACAUGAUGCGCACGUUGAAGCGCACCAACCUGCCGCGACUUCCCCCGGCGCCCGGAUUCGACGGCGACGAAGACUUCAAGACCCAGGUCGAGGUGUGGAAGAAGUGGAUAGCAUGGGAGAAGGACGACCCCCUUGUCCUCAAGGACGACGAGCCCCCAGCCUUCAGGCAAAGGGUGCUCUACUGCUACAAGCAAGCGCUGAUGGCCCUCCGAUUCUGGCCCGAGAUUUGGGUCGACGCCGCCGCCUGGUGCCUAGAGAACGACGUCCGGGACAACGACGGAAAGCCAGUCGGCACCGACCUGCUGCUGCAAGGCAUCGCGGCCAACCCCGAGAGCGUUCUCCUGGCCCUGAAGCACGCCGACCACAUCGAAAAGAACUACCCCGAGAAGGAAGGCGACAGGUCCGAGUACGCCAAGGCAGUGCGGCAGCCGUUCGACACUGUCCUCGACACGCUCUACAAGAUGGGCGACAAAGUCAAGGAGCGUGAAAAGUUUGAGGUCAGCACGAUGAAGCAGGCCGCCACUCUGGAGCCGCCGGUCCAGGAGUCCAUCGAGGAUGAUGACGACGAUGACGAGGAGGUGAAGAAGCCCAAGCUGUCGCCAUCGGAGCAGCGCAUCUUGGCCAUUCAAAACGCGUAUGCCGCCGAGUCCCAGCUGCUUUCCCGCACCAUUUCCUACGUCUGGAUCGCCAUGGCCCGUGCCAUGCGUCGCAUCCAGGGCAAAGGCAACCAGACCGAGGGUGGCCUGCGCAAGGUGUUUACCGACGCCCGGCAAAAGGGCCGUCUGACCAGCGAUGUGUAUGUCGCGGUCGCCUUGCUCGAGUCUGUCGUCUACAAGGACCCCGUUGGCGCCAAGAUCUUUGAGCGCGGCUCGCGCCUGUUCCCGAACGACGAGAACUUUAUGAUUGAAUACAUCAAGUACCUCCACGCGAGGGACGACACAACGAAUGCGCGCGUCGUCUUUGAGACCUGCGUCAACCGCCUCGUGGCGAAGCCGGAGACGCUCGCCAAGGCGAAGCCUCUGUAUGCGUACUUUCACAAGUACGAAUCGCAGUACGGCGAGCUCUCGCAAAUCUCAAAGCUCGAAGACAGAAUGGCCGAGCUCUUCCCCGAGGACCCCAAGCUGAGCUACUUUACCGCCCGAUACUCGUCCGACAAGUUUGACCCCAUCGCGGCGCCCAUCAUCAUCUCCAAGGCGGUACAGAUGCGCCCGAAGCAGAUUGUCCCCAUCGUCGAGCGGCCCCCGUCGAUCCGUAACAGCGUCGCGCCCGUGCGACAGGAGCAGAGCCCUCGACCGCAGUUUGUGCGGGCGACGGCGUCGCCGAAGCGGCCGUUUGGCAUCGACGACGAGGAGCUCAACCCGCCCAAGCGGCUAGCUAGAGGCGUGUCUCCGCUCAAGGGUGCGGCAGGACGUCGCCUCGACCAACAGCGCCGCAACCAGACGUCUGCUCUCCACCGGGACAUAACUUUUCUGCUCGGCAUCAUGCCGCCCGCACAUAGCUAUGAUGCACCGCGGCUGAACCCGACGGCCAUGGUGUCGCUGCUGCGGGACACGCAGCUCCCUGACUACAGCAGCUGGCGGGCCAAGACUGGUGGACAGUAUCGGCCGCUGCCUCAGGGCCACGCGAGGCAGACGUCGGGAGACUACAGCAACAGGCCGCUGAGCCCGUACGGUCGCGUCGCGUCCGCGGCCGGCGGCUAUCGCAACUCGCCCCUUAGGACGGAGAGCGGAGGAGCGUUUGCCGCCAACCCGUACGCACCCCCUGACGGCGGGGCACCACCGGCGGCCUGGCCACCGGCGGCUGGAGGCUACGGCGCGCCCGCAGGACAGUACGGCGGUGGGUAUCGUUUCCAGUGA